AUGCGGUGUGUGAGCUGGUUUCUGCUGGGGACCUGCCUCCUGGUCCUGGGCCCUGCAGUGCAGGGAGCUCCAGGUCAGUGUCCUACCCAGUGCCACUGCCACGGAGACCUUCAGCACGUUAUCUGCGACAGCGUCGGGCUGAAGAAGAUCCCCCGGGUGUCUGAGGUGACCCGUCUGCUGAACCUGCAGAGGAACAACCUGGGCAGCAUCCCUACAGGAGCCUUCACUGAGAGUAAGGGACUCAUCUCUCUGCACAUGCAGCACUGCCAGCUCCGAGAGAUCGGAUCCCAAGCCUUCAAGGGGCUGAAGAAGCUGGUCUACCUCUACCUGUCCAACAACGAGAUCAGCAACAUCAAGCCAGGUGCCUUCGAUGACCUGGCCGAGCUCACGUACCUCCACCUGGACGGGAACCAGAUCAGCGACCUGCCGAAGGGCGUCUUCUCCCCGAUGAUCAACCUCUUCGUUCUGCAGCUCGACGACAACAAGCUCCGGGAGCUGCGAGCGGGGACUUUUACAGGCGCCAAAGAUUUACGCUGGCUGCACAUGAGCGGGAACGAGCUGACCUUCCUGCAGCCGGGCUCUCUGGACGACGUGGAGAACCUCGCCAUACUUCACCUGGAGAGGAACAGGAUGUCCACCUAUCCCAUCGCGGCCAUGAGCAAACUGCGAGUGGUGGAGGAGCUCACUCUGGGGAAGAACCCCAUGAGGACCAUCCCUGACAACGCCUUCCAGAGCUUUGGGCGCUACAUGGAGAAACUACACCUGGACCACAUGAGUCUGGAGAAGCUCUCUGACGGUGCGUUCACUGGCGUCACAGCAGUGAAGACGCUGCACCUCGAUAACAACAAGCUGAGGUCUCUUCCUAAAAACUUUGAGUUUGGCGCCAUCACCAACCUCACGCUCUCCAACAACCCGUGGAGCUGCACAUGCCAGCUCGCUCCACUGCGCAGGUGGAUGGACUCGAGCCGCAUCCGUCCGGACGCCGUGUGUGCGUCUCCAGCUCAGCAGAAAGGGAAGCAGGUCAGAGACAGCGCCGCCUUCAGUGGCUGCAGAGUGAAGCAGAAGAGGGCCAAAAAGGGCGCCCGCCACUAAACACAG